AUGGGAGACAAGGACAGUGUGGAGAAAUACCUGGAGAACAAUCCGCAGUUCGCCAAGGAGUACUUUGACAAGAAGGUGCGCGCCGAGGUGAUCACUGCAGCCUUCAGCGAUACCUUCAAGGCCGAUGGCUCCUUCGCUGAGGUGGCCCAGAUCCAGGAGGCCAACAUCAUCUUCGACCUGGUCAAGACGCUGCAGACGGAGACGGUGAUGGAGAAGGCCAUGCACUCCGUCAUCCAGCGGAUAUGCCUGCUAGCCAACGCCGACCGCUGCAGCUACUUCGUGCUGCGCCAGCGCAACGGCAUCCCCGAGCUGGCCACCACCCUCUUUGACAUCACGCCCACCUCCAGCUACGAGAGCAACCUGGUCAACCCCCAGUCCGAGAUCGUCUUCCCCACGGACAUGGGCAUCGUGGGCUUCAUCGCCACCUGCAAGAAGCCGGCCAACAUCCCCGACGUGUCCGCGAACCCAAAAUUCAGCGACUUUGUCGACAAGCAGACGGGAUACAAAACCAAGAACAUGCUGAUCGCACCAGUCUUGAGUGGAAAGGACUGCCUGGGCGUCAUCACAGUGCUGAACAAAGUGGGCGGCACCGAGUUCUCCAAAACAGAUGAGGAGUUCUUCCACAAAUACAUGAACUUCGCCUCCGUCAUCGCUCUCCAGCACUACUCCACAUACAUGUGGAACGUGGAGUCACGCAAGGCCAACGUUCUCCUUCAUUCUGCCAGCAAGGUGUUUGAAGAACUUACAGAUAUCGAGCGACAGUUCCACAAAGCGCUGUACACCGUGAGGAUAUACCUGAACUCCGAGCGCUACUCAGUGGGCCUGCUGGACAUGACCAAGGAGAAGGAGUUCUAUGAUGAGUGGCCCGUAAAACUGGGAGACGUGGAACCAUACAAGGGGCCCAAGACUCCUGAUGGCAGGGAAGUUAUAUUCUACAAGCUCAUUGACUACCUCCUUGAGGGCAAAGAAGAGAUCAAAGUCAUACCGACUCCCACUCCAGACCACUGGGCCCUCAUCAGUGGCCUCCCCACCUACGUGGCCGAGAACGGCUUUAUUUGUAACAUGAUGAACGUCGCCGCAGACGACUAUUUCACUUUCCAGAAAGAAGCAGUAGAUGAAACAGGUUUCGUCAUCAAGAACGUGCUCUCCUUGCCCAUUGUCAACAAGAAAGAAGAAAUCGUAGGCGUGGCCACCUUCUUCAACCGCAAAGAUGGCCGACCCUUUGAUGAGCAGGAUGAACAGAUCACUGAAGCCUUGACCCAGUUCCUGGGUUGGUCCGUGCUGGUCUGUGACACCUACGACAAGCUGAACCGCACCGAGUGGCGACGCGACAUCUACCAGGAGAUGCUGAUGUAUCAGACCAAGGCUACGCUGGCAGACGUGCAGACCAUCCUGAACACAGAAGAGAAGAUGGGCAACAAACCAGAGGAUUGCGACAUGAAGGAGAUGUACAAACUCCUGCGUGCCAACAUCCCAGAGGCUAAAGACUGUGACAUAUUGAGUUUCAGCUUCAGCGAUCUCCCUGUGGCCGAGUUCGAUCUCAUCAGGAUGGGCCUUCGCUGCUUCUUUGAGCUCAAUGUGAUCGAGAAAUUCAAAGUGCCACCAGAGAUCCUGACGAGAUGGAUGUACACAGUGAGGAGGGGCUACCGUGACAUCACCUACCACAACUGGAGACAUGGCUUCAACGUGGGACAGACCAUGUUCUGUCUGCUGCAGACUGGCAAGCUGAGGAAGUACUACACCGAUCUGGAGGCCUUCGCCAUGGUGGCUGCUGCCUUCUGCCACGACAUCGACCACAGAGGGACCAACAACCUCUACCAGACCAAGAGUGCGUCGCCUCUGGCCAGGCUCCACACGUCCUCCAUUUUGGAGAGGCACCAUCUGGAGUACAGCAAGAACCUGAUGGCUGAUGACACGGUGAACAUCUUCCAGAGUUUGCAGAAGCGUCAGGUUGAGACCGUGCAGCAUCUGCACGACGUCUGCAUCAUCGCCACCGAUCUCGCUCUCUACUUCAAGAAAAGGACGAUGUUCCAGAACAUUGUCAAUGCAACAGAAACCAUGGUGGAGGAGGAAGGAAAGAACUUUAUCUCCAACAACCCAACUAGGAAGGAAAUUAUUAUGGCUAUGAUGAUGACUGGAUGUGAUUUAUCAGCCAUCACCAAACCAUGGGAGGUCCAGAGCAAGGUGGCUCUGAUGGUGGCCGCUGAGUUCUGGGAGCAAGGUGACCUGGAGAGAGAGGUUCUAGAACAGGAACCCAUUCCCAUGAUGGACAGGAACAAAUCAGCGGAAUUACCCAAGAUGCAGUGCGGUUUCAUCAACUUCGUAUGCUCGUUUGUGUACAAGGAAUUCUCAAGGUUCCACAAGGAAAUCACUCCCAUGUUUGACGGGCUGAAUAACAACUUGUUUCACUGGAAAGAACUGGCCGAUGCGUACGAAGCAAAGAUGAAGGCCAUCGAGGACGAGAAGAAGAAGCUAGAGGGAGGAGGAGACCCCAAACCUGAGGAGGCUGCCGAGGGAGGAAAGUCCAAAACCUGCUCCGUCUCCUAA